CGAGAAUCAGAAACAGUUUCUCGAAACGAGUGUUUCUUGCGAGAAACAGAUCUCGAGGAUUGUCAGUGACAUGGAUCUUGAAAGACUUGAAGACGGUUCGUUUGAGCUAGUUAGAGAGGAGUUUUACCUCGGAAGUGUCAUCAACGCAGUUGUAAGCCAAGCCAUGUUUUUGUUAAGGGAGAGAGGUCUUCAACUGAUCCGUGACAUUCCUGAAGAGAUCAAAUCAAUAGCUGUUUAUGGAGACCAGACAAGGACUCAACAGCUCUUAGCUGAGUUUCUGCUGAGUAUAAUCCGGUAUGCACCGUCACAAGAGUGGGUGGAGAUCCAUCUAAGCCAAGUUUCAAAGCAAAUGGCUGGUGGUUCCUCCACUAUCCGCACAGAACUUAGAAUGGCGUGUCCAGGUGAAGGUCUACCACCAGAGCUGGUCCGAGACAUGUUCCACAGCAGCAGGUGGACGAGUCCUGAAGGUUUAGGACUAAGCGUGUGUAGAAAGAUUCUAAAGCUCAUGAACGGUGAGGUUCAGUACAUCCGAGAGUCCGAACGCUCCUAUUUUCUCAUCAUUCUUGAACUCCCCGUUCCUCCUUUGUCAACAGCUAGCGGCGACAUGAUGUUGAUGAUGACAUAGUAUGUCACACUUACAUGAGUUGGCAGGAGAGUUUGUGAUGUAUGUGUAAGUGUGCGAGUCUAACGAAACUGGAGGAGGACAGGGAGUUUUUUUUUCCCGGUGAGGUUAGUAGAGAAGAGGAGACUGUUUGCGCUUGACUACCCGGAAAAGAAAACGUAACAUGUAGCUAUAGAGUCUGCAAGACUUUGUUUUCUCUUUUGUUUGCACCGUGUAUAUUUGAUAACUCCAAGAGAGGCAAACGAAUGAAAAAAGAGCUUAAAUGACCAAUCCUUUUAAUUGUAA